GUUUAAUUUAAACAAUAAAAAAAAUGAGUUAAGGAAAGAAUAAUAAUCAACCAUUUAGUUUUGGAAGUAAUGCCUCUGAUUUUGAUCAAUCAUUUCUGUUUUAAAGGUAUGACAUUACUUAUAAACAUAUCAUUGCAUUUACUGAUAUCCAUAUAUUAUAUUUUGAUAUACCUAUGAUAAUAUUAGCAAUCAGCCCUUUUUUCAGAUGUUCGGACCUGAAUUACAGUAGUACAUAAUGAGAUCGCUAAUAAAUCCAAACCUACUCAAUUACAAAAAUUAAAAUCAAUAAUUGAAGGAUUGCUUUCAAUCAUCAAAUUUAUUAAGUAAGAAUAAGUAUAUAGCUAUCAUACAUACAUUAUAUCGUUUAUAUAUUUGUUAGUUUGACUAUUUUCUUAGAUUUAUCAUCUUUGAUGAAUGGAAUUGAAUUACUAUAAUAUUUACCAAAUGUUAGUUAAGCAUAAUCAUAGCUAAACCUAUUAAACAAUCAAUAAUAAGGGAAUUAAAAUCAGAAGAUAAAAAAUAAUGCAGAUAAUCCAAUAACAGUAGAUGAUGAUGAACCAGUAUAACCUACUAAGAGAUGUUACAAUUAUUAAUGUAAGAAUGUUGGAGAUAAGAAAAUUAAAUCAAAGAAACAUGAUAUCUUAUUCUUUUGUGACAAAUGUUCUAAAUUAUAUAAUAAAGGAAAUUAUUGUGAUUUUUGUGAAUAAGUAAGAUUAUCUUCAUUUCAUUUAUUAAGGUUUAUGGAUCUUAUGAUGAUGAAGCAGGUUGGAUUCAAUGUGAUUAAUGUUAGAAAUGGGUAUCAAAUAUUAUUAAUAUUAUAUAUAUAGAAUCAUAUUGCUUGUGAAUAAAAAUGUAGAAAUUAAAAUAUUGAAAAUGAAUCAGAAACUACUCCAUAUCAUUGUUUAAAUUGUUCUAAAAACAUCAAAAAGAUUAAACCAUAGAAAAAGCCUGAAGAACUUCCUCCUUAAAAAUAACGUCCAAUUCCUGAAUAAGAUGAUUCUAGAAAUAGAGAAAAAAACAUCACUUUUGUGGCUACAAAGGACAAUAAAAUAUAAUACAGUAAGAUAAAUAAAUUAAAUUAAUUAGCUUAUAGAUUAAACUUAUUAGAAGAGGAAAUUAAACUAGAUUUAGAUCUCCUUCGAACUUCGAUUAAAAAAGUUAAAAAGAUAUAAUCAUCAUCUCCAAUUAAAACUUUAUAAUAGUAAAUAACAUCAUCUCAAUAAUUAAGUCAAUAGUCAUUAAACUAAUAAGAAGUAAACUUUUAAUUUCAUUUUAAGGGCUAAGAGCAAUCACAGUUGAGUAAUAGAAAUUUGAGAAGAAGAAUAAAUUAAAAGUUAAAUUAUAGAGAUUUGGUUGGGGAAUAUUGAAAUCACAUAUAUUAUUAUAUUAUUAAUUUUAACCCC